AUGGGCUGCAACCAGAGUACCAGCGCCGGAAGUGUUGGCAGGGAAUCGAAGGCAAAUGUCGAUGAGCAAACCUACAUGUUCCUCUGCAAGGUCAAGCUGUUGAAGCGUUUGCCCCAGGAUGAGCUUCCGGCCCUUGCGAAGUCUGCAACAGAAGUGGAGUUCAAGCCCGGCCAGAGCAUCAUCAAGCAGGGCGAGGAAGGAAAUGAGUUCUUCAUGAUAAAGAAGGGCACGGCUGAUGUUGAGAUCAAUGGAAAGAAGGUCGCCGGUCUCAAAGCUGGCGACUACUUCGGGGAGAAUGCUUUGCUGCGGAACGAGCCACGCAACGCAACAAUCAAGGCCAACUCCCAGGUCGUCACGCUGAAGAUCACACGCCAGGCUUUUUCCAGUUUGGGUUUGCAAGACAAGCUGGAGUUCCCCAAGCGUGGAGCUGUUGGCGGCGGAGUUGCUGUUCAGGCCGAGAUUAAGCCGCCAAGCGAGAAGUCCACCGAGGACGUCCAGCUCAUCAAGCAAGCUCUGCAAGCAAACACCAACCUGAACACCAUUGCAAACCUGGAUGAGGCUCGCAUCAAGGCGAUGUCCGAUGUCAUGUGGAAGGAACCCGUGGCCAAGGGCACUGCCAUCAUCAAGCAAAAUGAUUUGCAGGCAGAUUACUUCUACAUCGUAAAAUCCGGCAGCUUCUCCAUUAGCAAGGCGGAAGAUGUCAAGGAAGGUCAAAGUGUCGAGUCUGCAGCUGCUGCGCAGCUGGGCUCAGUGGAGGCUGGAGGCAGCUUUGGCGAGCUCGCGUUGCUUUACUUCGCACCUCGAGCUGCAACGAUCACAGCGAACGUCGACUCCGAGGUUUUUGUGACUGCGCGACAGCAAUUCAAAGAAAUUCUGCUUCGCGCGAACGAGGCGGAAACCAAGCAAAACUUGGACUACGUGGGUCGCUGCGAAGUGUUCUCAGCAGCCUUGAAGGAUUCCGAGAAGAAGGAGCUGGCUGCGGCCAUGCAUGAAAUGACGUUCAGCAAGGACGAAACCAUCUUCGAGCAGGGCGAGACAGGCACACAGUUCUUCCUGCUAGUCGAGGGAUCUGUGGUUGUCCUGAAAGAUGGCAAGGAAGUGGCAAGUUUGCGAGCCACUCCAGAGAAGGCGCCGUACUUUGGAGAGAAGGCCCUCGAGAACAAGGAGCCCAGGGCAGCCACAAUCAAGGUCACGUCCAGUCGAGCGAGGACGUUGUGGGUGGAUAAGGAGACGUUCGAGGUCCUUCUGGGUUCCCUCAGUGAGCUCAUCAAGCGCGGCAAAGAUGGCGACACUGUUGUGGCCAAGUCCGUCGCACCCACCGCAGCCGAUGCCAAGCGCUUCGGGGUCAUCAAGUUCGCGGAUCUCAAGAAGCACGGCUUGUUGGGCUGUGGAGGCUUCGGAGCUGUGGAGCUCGUGGAAGAGACCAAGACCGGGAACAUGUUCGCCUUGAAGGCCCUUAGCAAGGGAUACGUUGUCAAGAGCGGUAUGCAAGCCAGCGUCAUGAGCGAGAAGAAUGUGCAGCUGAUGUGUGACUCCCCAUUCAUCGUCAAGCUUUUCGAAACGUAUAACUCACCAGAGCAUUUGUACUUCCUCCUGGAGCUGGCACUCGGUGGCGAGCUCUAUGCCACUUACAACAAGCGCAAUAUGUGGGGCAAUGAAGCAUGUGCAAAGUUCUACGUCGCUGGAACAGUUCUUGCCUUUGAGCACUUGCAUGGCAAGAAGAUCGUUUUCCGAGACCUGAAGCCCGAGAAUCUCCUACUGACAGAAGAGGGCAGGGUAAAGCUCACAGACAUGGGCUUAGCGAAAGUGAUCUUUGGCAAGACGUACACGACCUGCGGCACUCCGGACUACUUUGCUCCAGAGCUGAUUGCUUCCAAAGGGCACACUCACGCAGUGGACUGGUGGACGCUGGGCAUCCUCACCUUUGAGCUCAUGUCAGGACACCCGCCCUUCGAGUCGGCCACGCCCAUGCAGAUUUAUGCAAAGGUACAGAAGGGAAUCAACGCAGUCGUUUUCCCCAAGAAGCUGAAGGGCGAUGUGGAGACAUUGGUGAAGGGUCUUUGCAACAGCAAUCCCACCGAGCGCCUGGCAAUGAAGAAGGGAGGCAUCCAGAACAUCAAAACGCAGAAAUGGUUCGCAAGCUUCGGGUGGAGUGACAUGGAAGGUCUGUCAAUGAAGCCUCCUUACGUGCCCACAGUGAAGAGCAAGAAGGACAUGAAGAACUUCAGCGCAAACAAGGAGGACAUGCCCCCGCAGAUUCCGUACAAGGAUCCCAAGACCGGAUGGGACAAAGACUUUGCCACCAGCGCCUAA